UAAACAUCAUAAUAAUAAUAGUAAUCUGCAACGACCCCUGCAGUUACAACUACAAUUCUGGCCCCAAUGGUAAGAAAUGCAACAAUGGCCACCCCCCGCCUACUUCAAAGACAAUGGCACGCAUGCCGCGUCACGAGUCAGCCGGCGACAACGACGCUCUCCUCCCGGCUCAAUGCAGCUUCAUUCACAACAGCCCCUCCUCGCCAACAGAAAUCCACCUCUUCGACUAUAACACUCUCAAAACCACAUACAGUUGAUCCAAGAUGGCUGACCAUAAUAAAACGGAGGAUUGGAAAAUGUUUAAUGUUUGGAUUGCAGCCGGCCCAGGUUGACGAGGCCGGGUUGAUCUUGCGCCGCAUUGCAAACGAUUGGCGUGAGUUGAUUGCUGGCAGUGAAGGGUUUUUAACGGAUGAAACGAGAAGGGCGGUUUAUCGUCAUAAUGUUGUGUGGGGAGAAAUGGACGUCAUGGGGCAUGUCAACAAUGUCACCUACCUUCGAUACGCCGAAACCGCCCGAGUUAACUUGAUGCGCAACUAUGCCAUACAUAUUGACCCUGCCCAUAAGACAGAGUGGCUGAACACAGUAGGAAAUCGAGGGAUUGGCCUUAUUUUGCAAAGUAUCAAACUGGACUAUAAGUUUCCCAUGACAUGGCCAGACAAGAUCACUGUCUAUCAUAGGCUCACGCAAGACCCUGCCGUAACACUUUCACAGUCAAGCUUUCAACAGGAGGUUUUGAUUUUGUCUGAAGCAAAACAACGCCCGGCGGCAAGAUGCAUUGAGCACAAUGUUAUAUACGAUUAUAAACUAUUGCGUAGGGCUCCCAGUCCUCCUGUGUUCAUCCUAGACCAGUUCAAGAGAACCUGGGAGCUACAGGAACAAUCGAAACGAAAAUGGCAACAACGGAUAGCAGAUAUUGAGAACAAGGUGCGCGCAUUGGAAUUGGAUAGCUGGGAUCGGGAAGAUGCGGUUGAAAUGCUCGGGUCUGCGGUAAAGUCCUAGAAGAUACAUAAUUUUUGAGAGUAUUGAAUUCACCUUGUCUAUAACACAAGUUUUGUGUAAAGGCGCCUGGCAUUGGUGUAUCAUUCACAACUCAUAUAGUCACAUAUAGACUCGUUUUCUAGCCACAAUUCGAAAUUUGAAACAUCAAUUGGUCAAAAUCAAUUUAAUAAAUUGACUGGCUGAAGUAUAAAGAUUAUCAAGUAAUAUGUUCUAAAGAUUAACA